CUGAGCAUACCAUGACGAAAGGGACGAAAGGGAGUUCAAAGCUGAAUACCAUGAGCGAACUUUGGUUGGAGUUGGACCCUAAUAUGAAGGAGGAAAUCAAUCGGAUAAUUAAUUCUAAUGGAAAUGGAAGCUCCCUGUUGCGGUUGCUUAAAGUCUAUGAGUUGCCCGAGCAACUUGACUUCCCUACUAGCUUAUUUGACAAGUUUAUGACGUAUUAUAACGAUAAUGGGCAAGAUGGGAUUUUUUGCUUUAGAGUAUGUGGUGGUCAGUGCUUGAACAUCACCCUUGAAGAUGUUCUGUACUUGACCGGUUUGCCCAUUAAGGGCAAACCAAUUGUCCCGGAGAAGAACAAGGAUUUUGAUGCCUUCCGUAGGGUGUUUGGUGAGGUUGUGGAGAGAAAAACUAUGACUAUGUCAGAACUCAAGGAGAUCUGUUAUGAUAAGUCUAAUUCUAGGACUACUGAUGUGCGGAUAAAGGCAAUAUUGUUUUUUAUUAUUAAUUGCAUGAUCGUUUCCGAUUCGAAAGGGCCUAUUGCGACUUCUUAUGUCCAAUUUGUUGAAAAAUUGGACGAGGUGGAUUCAUAUGCGUGGGGUGCAGCCCUUUUAUCAGCCGUGUACGAGGGUCUGAGACGAUACAAAAUGGGGAAAGGGAGUGUAGGUUUUAUGUGGCUAGUCUUGGUGUUUUUCUGUUGCCGUUUCAACCUCUCGGACAUUUUUGAAAUUGAGUUUGAGUUUCAAGUGGCGCCCUAUACUUUGGCUUCUUUGGUGAAGGAAUUGUCCAAAAAGAUCGGAGGAAACCACUAUGCCAUGGAGCGUCACAACUUAGGGAGGAAGUUGGGGCAACUAGGCACACGACUUGAAUCGACAGAUGUGGAUAUAAUUUGGCAACCGUACACCCCAGAGUUGUUGCCAGACCACCUCCAUGACCAGAUUAGAUGUUGUACGUUCGUCGGACCUUUGUUUUGCUACGAGCACGUGCACUAUCAUCGUCCCCAUGUAGUGGCAGCGCAGUUCCAGGCUCUUGGCGACAUUGAUAUAGACGCUGCUGAAUCUGAGCUCAAGCCUAUAAAGGAGAAGUUCAAUAGAGGCCCACAUGCGAUUGAUUUCAAGAAGCAAUAUCAGAGGGAGUUGCAACUGUGGGGCGAUAUGGAUAGGCGAUUGGUGCAAAUGUUCAGGGUUCCAACAGCCACAAGAGCCACAAAUGACCACCAAGCCUCCACUUCGGACUACACUCUUCAUGUCUCCACUCGUUCUCCUGACAACCGUCUUCGUACUCCUGACAGCUCCCGUCGAUUGGUGGAAACGUUCAGGGUUUCAACCGCCACAGGAGCCACAAAUGACCACCAAGCCUCCACUUCGGACUACACUCAUGUCUCCACUCUUACUCCUGACAGCCGUCUUCGUACUCCUGACAGCCUCCGUCAGGACAGCCCCAGUCAGGACAGUGCUCAACCUGCGAGGCAAAGAAGGAGGCCUGGUCUGCCGGAUCCCGUAACAAUUCAAAAUGAAGGGCGAAUACCAAAACCCAAAAAAACAUUUACAUUUCCAACGGGACAAUUGGCGAAAGGACGAGCUUCUCUUAUACCGCAAGGGGAGAUUGAUGAAGUUUGGUGGACACUAGCCAUUAGUGAAGUGGUAGAUGCAUCUGAGAUACUAUUUGAGUACGAUCAGGACCGUCAGUUCUUCCAGUCAUUAGUGACCGAGGUACAUGCUAGGGAUCUCGCGAUCAUGAAAUAUGUUUCUCGGCUGAUUCGUUCAGAACUCCACCACGAACGCUCUUCCUUUGACGAGCCCCAAGUAAACAUGGCAAGUAAAGGACUCUCCAUCUAA